GUUCUGGAGGCUUCUUGCCGUGAGCCGUAGGUGCCCGGCGUAACGGCAUCGCAGCUGAGCUACCGCUCUGAGGAGCGUACCAGUGACCAUGAAGGAAGAGAAAGAUCACAGGCCUAAGGAGAAGCGAGUGACCCUCUUAACGCCUCAGGGUGCCACGGGCAGCAGCGCUGGUGCUACUGCCGAAGGCGCCAAAGGGGAAGAUAAGCAAGAUCGCAACAGGGAGAAGAAAGAAGCUUUAAGCAAGGUGGUAAUUCGAAGAUUACCUCCCACUUUGACCAAGGAGCAGCUUCAGGAACAUCUUCAACCUAUGCCUGAGCAUGAUUAUUUUGAGUUUUUUUCCAAUGAUACUAGUCUGUAUCCGCAUAUGUAUGCCAGAGCCUAUAUCAACUUUAAAAACCAAGAGGACAUUAUUUUAUUCAGGGACCGAUUUGAUGGCUAUGUAUUCCUUGACAAUAAAGGUCAGGAAUAUCAUGCUAUAGUAGAAUUUGCACCUUUUCAAAAAGCUGCAAAAAAGAAGAUUAAGAAAAGAGACACAAAAGUUGGGACUAUCGAUGAUGAUCCAGAAUACAGAAAAUUUUUGGAGAGUUAUGCCACAGACAAUGAAAAAAUGACAUCUACUCCAGAGACAUUGCUGGAGGAAAUAGAAGCCAAAAAUCGAGAAUUAAUAGCUAAAAGGACAACCCCACUCUUGAGCUUCCUGAAGAACAAACAGCGAAUGAGAGAAGAAAAGAGGGAAGAAAGGAGGAGACGAGAAAUAGAAAGGAAAAGACAACGAGAGGAAGAGAGAAGAAAAUGGAAAGAAGAGGAGAAACGAAAAAGAAAAGAUAUAGAAAAGCUAAAGAAGAUAGAGAGAGUUCCAGAAAGGGAAAAAAUAAAGGAUGAACCAAAGAUCAAGGUACACAGGUUUCUGUUACAAGCUGUGAAUCAGAAAAAUCUGCUCAAGAAACCAGAAAAAGGAGAUGAAAAAGAACUUGAUAAAAGAGACAAAGCCAAGAAAAUGGACAAAGAAAAUCUGAAUGAAGAAAGAGCCUGUGGGCAAAGUUGUACUCUGCCCAGGCGUUUUGAUGUUGACCUGAAGGAUGAAAAGCCAAAGAGGCUUGAUGAUGAGAAUGUCAGAGAUUACAGGGAUCGGGAUUAUGAAAGAGAUCAGGAGCGCAUGAUCCGAGAAAGAGAGAGGAUAAAGCGGCAAGAAGAAGAACGCCGGAGGCAGCAACAGAAGGAGCGCUAUGAGAAAGAGAAGGCUUUCAAACGAAAGGAAGAGGAACUGAAGAGAGAAAAAGAAGCACUUCGAGAUAAAGGGAAGAAGAGCGAGAAUACAGAAUCAAUAUGCACCUUGGAGAAAGCUGAAAAGAAAGAGGAAGUGGUUAAGAGAGACCGCAUAAGGAACAAGGAUCGUCCAGCAAUGCAGCUGUACCAACCAGGAGCCCGAAGCCGAAAUCGACUCUGUCCCCCUGAUGACAACAUCAAGUCUGGAGAUUCCCCAGUGGACAGAAAGCAGGAAAGUGGUAUUAGCCAUAGAAAAGAAGGAGGAGAGGAGUGAGAAGACUCAAUGGCCAUAGGUGUCCUGACUGUCCAGGCAGCCAAAGAGCACGUAUUAUGCUAUCCAGAAGUGCCUUCGGGGCAAAGGAACAGAGAGCAAGGAAAAGGGUCGCUGUGCUGGUAGGAUGCACUACAGAGGAGUGUAGUGUGUCUAAGCAGGAAUAAGAUUGCAGGCUCAGAAUCGGAAGUACAAUUUCAUUGUUUUUUGCAGUUUUCACAAGUUAAUUUUAAUGUCUCAGACAAAGACGGUAGCAAGAACAUUGUAAGUGCAAAGUAAGGACUUUGACACAAGCGAAAAACGGAGCAGGGGCUAAAAUCAACAGGUGUUCUUAAUCCUGGCUUAGAGUGUCUUAGCUUGAGUGGAGCAGAAGCACACGAAGUCUUGUCAGGGUCUGUUUUGCAUUGUUAGUGAUAACUGUUGACUCUGUAGUGUAGAAGCAACAAGCAUGUAAUCGUAGCACAAGUAGAGUGGAAGAGAGAUUAUGGCUGAUGGAAAAGAUUUAAAUAGUCAUGUUACAUCUAUAUUCUGUGUCUGAAGUUUUUGUAAUUAUAGCUUGUUUUGUUUACUUCUGUGAACUUAGCAUCAAAAAAAUUGUAAAUGUCUUGUUUUGCCUUUAGCAGUUUUUUCCUAUUUAUAGGUAAAGUGUAGUGUAGUCUUUGGUUAGCUGCUGACAAUCUAAGUCUUCGUUCUAUCUUAGGUCUUGACUUGAGUGCACACCCUCUCCAGGAAGAAAACUACACGGAUAGAUCUGUUCCUGUUAAAUGGCAGCUUUCAGUCUCAGCUUGUUUUGUAUUACAGUCAAUAAAUUUUGACUUCAUUCAAGUAUGAAACUACAUUUCCUUAUUCACGUUCUGACUUACUGGUGGUACUGGGGACGGAACGAGGGAACUCAAGCAUGCUCUGUGUUCAUUCUGCCACUCAGCUAUAACCUCUGCAGCCUGAAGCUAGUUCUUCUGGUUGUGUCAGUGUUUCUACGUAAAUCGUGAAUGCAGGCGCCUGUGGAAGCCAGAGGCAUCUUUUUCCCUGGAGCUGGAGUUACAGGCGCCCGGGAGGCGCCUGACACAGCUGCUUG